UGAAAAGACCGUAUCCUUCUCUAUAAGAUGAAGGAUAAACUUAACAUGGACGAAUCUAACAACAAAAAAGCCAAGCAAAAAGCGUACAGGAAAAAGAUGUCUAGGGCACAAGACUCCGUCCUCAAAUAUAUGGUGAAAAUCAUGGAGGUUUGCAAAGCUCGUGGAUUCGUCUAUGGCAUCGUCUGUGAAGAUGGGAAGCCAAUUACUGGUAGCUCGGAUAGUUUGCGAAAAUGGUGGAAAGAAGAUAUUAGAUUUGAACAAACUGCCCCUAAAGCAAUUGCAAAGUAUUUACCGUUGCUUGGAAAGGAAGAGUUAGAUGCGUCGUCAAGCAUACACCUUCUCCAAGAUCUUCAAGACGCAACACUAGGAUCUCUCCUUUCAGCAUUGAUGCAACACUGUAUGCCGCCACAGAAGAGGUAUCCUUUGGAGAAAGGCGUGGCCCCGCCGUGGUGGCCUAAUGGGUUAGAGGCAUGGUGGGGCGAUCAGGGCUUUUUGGCUCAAGAACACGGGCCACCACCGUAUAAGAAACCCCAUGAUUUGAAGAAGACAUGGAAGGUUUCGGUAUUGGCUUCAGUUAUAAAGCACAUGUCCCCUGACUUAGAGAAAUUGAAAAGGCUCGUGACUCAAUCAAAGACCUUGCAAGAUAAGAUGACCGCGAAAGAUAACGCUACUUGGUCCAAAGUUGUCAGCCAAAAAGAAGCUUUGUUGAGACUUACCAACAAGUGUCUUAAGAUUUUCCCUUCUUUGUUCAACGACGAGGAAAAUAAUAAGGAAGACGGGGAAGGAGAAAUCGAAGUCUUUGAGUCAUCCCCAAUAAGCUCUAUUAAUAAUUCUCUUGAUCAUGUUUUGUUUGGUGGUGUCGGCAGUAGCAGCAACGGAGGCAGUGAAAAAAGAAAGUGUGAUUUUGAUAGUAAUAAUAAUGGUAACAACAACAAUAAUGGUAAUAGCUUUGUGGACAAACCAAUAUAUACAUGCCAGAUUGGAUGA